AUGACCGCGCAAAAAGGAGUAGACGGCAAGGAAGUUGCCAAGCAUAAUAGCAGGGAGAAUGGCGUAUGGAUCGUUGUCCAUGGUAAAGUAUACGAUGUGACCGAUUUCUUGGAUGAACACCCUGGUGGUGCGGAGAUCAUAUUACGAUAUGCUGGAAUGGAUGCGACGGAAGAGUACGAGCCAAUCCAUCCACCUGAUGCAAUAAUUGAUAACCUCGACCCUUCGAAACAUCUUGGUCCCUUGAUCCCAUCUACUCUCCCCCCUCCACCCGUCUCAGCAUCAGCUCCACCUCCAACGUCCGUGUCCAUUCCUCAGAAGACCAACGAGCCUUUAGCAGGCGGCGAGGAGGAAUAUGCUAAACCGCCUUUGGAGGAGAUACUGAGUUUGCAUGAUUUCGAAGCUGUUGCGAGGAGGACCAUGGGCAAGAGGGGAUGGAAUUACUAUAGCUCCGGUGCGGACGACGAGAUUACGAUGCGAGAGAAUCAUAAUGCCUAUCAUCGUGUAUGGUUCCGACCUCGAAUCUUACGGAAUGUCGGUACAGUCGAUUAUUCAUCAACGAUAUUAGGCCAUAAGACCUCGAUGCCAGUAUACAUAACGGCCACUGCGCUAGGUAAACUUGGUCAUCCGGAAGGAGAGGUAACAUUGACUAGAGCAGCGGGGAAACAUAAUGUGAUUCAGAUGAUUCCCACACUGGCAUCUUGUUCGUUCGAUGAGAUGGUCGACGCGGCUAUCCCAAAUCAAGUUCAAUUCUUACAACUCUAUGUCAAUGCUGACCGCUCAAGGACCAAGAAGAUCAUCAAGCAUGCCGGUGAAAGAGGUGUUAAAGCAUUGUUCAUCACUGUCGAUGCGCCUCAACUAGGAAGGCGGGAAAAGGACAUGCGGACCAAAUUCGUUGGCAACGCCUCAUCCCAACAAACUCAAGGUGGAGACAACUUCAAGCGUGAUCAAGGUGCCGCGCGAGCGAUCUCCUCGUUCAUCGACCCUUCAUUGAACUGGAACGACCUGGCUGAGCUGAAAGAGGCAGCAGGGGAGAUGAAGGUCAUACUGAAGGGUGUGCAGUGCUGGGAAGACGCGGUGAUGGCGGCUGAGUAUGGGUGUGAUGGUGUGGUAUUGAGUAAUCAUGGUGGUCGACAAUUAGAUUUCGCACCUUCACCACUCACCAUCCUCCCUCAAGUAGUUUCCAUCCUUAAACAACGAGGAUACAUGACCCCUUCGAGACCAUUUGAAGUGUUCAUUGAUGGUGGAGUAAGAAGAGCGACGGAUGUCUUAAAAGCUAUCGCGCUAGGAGCGACAGCAGUGGGUAUUGGUAGACCCAUGAUUUACGCUAUGAGCACUUAUGGUGAGGAAGGUGUUAGUAGGGCUUUUGAGAUUUUGAAGGACGAAUUCGAAAUGAACAUGAGAUUGAUAGGUGCACCGACAUUGUCAGAUGUCGUACCUAACAUGGUAGAUAUAUCGUCUUUGAAUUCUGCCAGUGGUGGAAUAACAAUGUACGAGGAGAAUUACGAACGGAUGUUACCUGUGGGAGUCAAGGCUAGACUUUAA